GUAUAAACCGGAAGCACAUGUAAACAAAGAAAGUUGUUUACAAAUUGAAAAAAUUGAACAAGAACGCUCAGAAUGGCCCAGGAAGCAGUUGACCAGAAGAAAGAUAUGGAUGAGGAGGAUGAAGAAGAUCACGAUGAAAGCAUGGAAGAUGAUGAGGAUUUGUCAGAGGAGGAUAUGGAGGAAGACAAACAAGGGUCGCUAGCCAAGGCAGCCAUCACUGGCCGCAGUGUCACAUUACAGAUGCUAAUAUCAGAGAAAAUCAUUGAACCUGGCCCAGCAUUGCUCUCUCUGAAGUACCUGGGACGAAGGUUCAUUGCUGACUUACUGCCUGAUGGCAAAAUUCAGAUGCCUGGAACAAAAGAGACUUUUACUUCUCCCAGUGCCUGGGCCAUUCACUGCAAGAAACAAGUCAACCCUCACAAAAAGUCAGGCUGUGGGUGGGCUUCUGUGAUGUACAAAGAACGAAAGCUUGACAUCUGGAAGGCAGCGUGGUUUCGUAAACACAGAUCAUCCAGUCCCGCACGUAAUAAUCCAGAGACUUCAAAUUCCCAGUCUCCCAGGUCUCCAUGGAGUGUACGGGAGGACACAAAUGAUUCCCGCCCAGAAACAAACGGAAAACUGUCCAUGACACGCUUGGCUGAGGAGAGACUGACGGAGGAUUCUCAAUCCUCUGGGAUGCCCCGCCCCGCUCACACCAGUACACCCAAUCAGAAUGGAAAAACGGAGGCGAAACGGCUUCAUGGUGAAACUGUUGGAUUUCAAGAGGAGGCCCUGAAUUUAUCAUUAAAGACACCCAAAUCUCCUCCAAGAAGAGAUUCUCGGAACAACUCUGAGUCUGAAUCAUUUACCGAGAAAAAUAAUAACCACAGCGAGAGACAGUGUAUCAAACACGCCUCUCUAAAGUCUCGCAGUCAGAACAUUGAUCCUCAGACCCUUGUUGAAUGUGAAUCUUUCAAGGAGAUGGAGAAAGUUCAGCCUUUCACAGUAUCUAUUGCCAGCAAUGCUCUGCUACUGAUGGAUUUCCAUUGCCACCUGACUACCAGUGAAGUGGUGGGGUACCUCGGGGGGAGGUGGAACCAGAAGACACAGCAUUUAACCAUUGUUAGUGCCUUUCCAUGCAGAUGUAGACUUGCCGAUAGCAAGAAGGCACCCAUGAUUGAAGAAGAGAUCCGUCAAGCCAUAAGUGCCUCAGGCCUGAUUCUUGUGGGGUGGUACCACAGUCAUCCCUUUUCUCAGGCCAGCCCCUCAGUCAAGGACAUAGACUGUCAAAUGUCCUACCAGCUGUGUAUGAAGGGCUCCGGCUCCAACUACUUCCCCUGUGUAGGAGUCAUCAUUGCUCCUUACAACAGAGAGAGGACAAAAAAAGAAUCAGCUUGCAGAAUGUACAUGGUCAUGCCGCCUUUAGAUGAUCAGCCCUCUGACUAUGGCAUUCCGAUGAUCGUGAAGUACUCCUUACAGAAAAAUCUCUCCGUGACAGAGGAGCUACUUAGUGAAAUGAAAGCUGUGACUGAUUUUUAUCAUGGUGGACCAGAUUGGAUAAAGUUUCGACAGUCUUGGCAGCCCACGCUUACCUACCUAGACAAAUUAAAGGGUUCCCUGGUCUCUAAACUCCCUGAAGAUCAGAUGGAGAAUGGAACAUUUUUGGAAUUUGUUCAGCAUUUAAUUCUAACAAAGUAAACUGAAAAUGGUUGGACAUAAGCUUAUGAACCAAAUCCGAGCUUCAUUUGCAACAAGGUUAGAAGGACUAUGCAAAGCACUGUGGAAAAUUGCUAUUUAUUGAAAAAUGAUUGCAUGAAAAUGAGGAAGGUUCAGAACUACAUUCUGCAGAUCUUGAUUAUGGUGAUAUUAUAAUUGAAGGAAUAGCUUCCAAUCAAAAUUUAAACUUUUGUGUUGUAUGUAAAUGUUUUUUAUUAAUUUUGACAUGCAUUGUGAAUAGAUCUGUCUUCCUUUACACAAUCAACCAAUAAUAUUGUGAUAGUCUCAGGUCAUACAAAAAGUUUUUGAUUUUCCGUUAAAAUGGGCAAUUAAACAUGUACGGUACUUAUACUGAUAGUUCAAAGUUUGCUGUUUCUCAAUAUCAUUGUCUUUCUCUUCAUGUGUUUAAAUGAAUUGGUCUUCUAUGCAAAGAAUAUAUGAAAAGUGUUCAAUAAGAAGAUUUAUACCUGAUUUAUAAUGAUGAUACAUACAUAGAACAUUUAAAUAAAAACAAUUAUACAUGAGAUAUAAUUAUAUGUACGAUAUACCCAGGUAUGACUAUGGCAUACAGGAAAUAUCUGUAUUUCGUGCAGUCAAAUAUAUUUAUUGAAUUAUGUUUUAUUUAUUAACAGCCAUUUCACGGCAAGAAGUAGACUUAGGAUAGUACCGGUAAAUAUAUCACAAUUUAGAGUGCAUCGGUUUCAUUAAUAAGCUACUUGAAGUAAGGAAUAUGUACUUAAAUAUGUAAUAUCCCUUUAUACAUGCAUAAUCAUUAUUGUAUGACUAAGUUUGAAUCAAAAAACGUCUUAAAACCAGAUUUUGAUAUUCUUGAAAUUAAUGUUUGUUGAGUGUACAUGUAUUAGUACAUUUUUUGGACAGAAAUGAAAUGUGCACUUUAUGUGUAGAUUUCCUUUAGAUCUGUGUUAUUGUUUUCUGUUUAUAUAUACCAAUAGACUUAGUAGUGAGUUUUCAUUUUUUAACUUAACUUUGUAUAAAACUGACUAUUGAAUGAACUUAUGAACUCACCAUUGAACCUAUUGGGAAAUGCUAAUGGCUGAGUGGAUAAAAUCAAUCUACUGAUGAAAACAUAGUGUAUUUAUAGACAAAGUUUCUAUUUUGCUACUUUUUAAAAGUAUGACUGUAAACUAUCAAGGCAACACUUAAUUCUAUUGUUAACAAAGGCAGCAGACAUUUACCUGGUAUUCAGGUUUUUGGAAAUAGUUUUAGAGGUGAUAUACAUGAACCAAUGUGUGAUUUCAUUACUGAUUUCAUCACUGAGAUGUUAACUACGUUUCAUUUUUAGCUCACCGAGACGAAGUCAAGGAGAGCUUAUGCUAUACCCUCGGCGUCGGCGUCGGCGGUGGCGUCGGCGUCGGCGUCGGCGUCCGGACCUGGUUAAAGUUUUUGUUGCAGGUCCUGUAUCUAAGCUAUUACUUGUCCUGUCUUCACCAAACUUGCAUGGAUGAUGCAUCUGGACCUACUUAUGGACUUGAAAGACUUGGAUGCUGAAUCUGGGUCCUAAAUUUCAGAUGCUGGAGGAGGUUAAGGUUGUUGGACCAGGUUAAAGUUUUUGUUGCAGGUGCCCUUUGAUAGCAAUAUCUUAGUUACUGCUGGUCCGUACUUCACCAAACUUGCAUGGAUGGUGUGUCUUAUGAUACUGAUGCACCAGACAGGUUUGAGUGCUGAAUCUGAGCUAUAGGUUGCGGAUGCUGGAGGAGGUUAAGGUUUUUGGAGCAGGUUAAAGUUUUUGUUGCAGGUGCCCAUUGAUAGCAAUAUCUAAGUUACUACUGGUCCUAACUUCACCAAACUUGUAUGAAUGAUGCGUCUUAUGAUACUAAUGCACCUGACAAGCUUGAAUGCUGAAUAUGAGCAAUAGGUUUCGGAUGCUGGAAGAGGUUAAGGUUUUUAGAGCUGGUUAAAGUUUUUGUUGCAGUUGCCCUCUGAUGAUUAUAUCUUAGUUACUACUGGUCCUAACUUCACCAAACUUGUAUGGAUGGUGCGUCUUAUGAUACUGAUGCACCUGACAAGCUUGAAUGCUGAAUCUGAGCAAUAGGUUUCGGAUGCUGGAGGAGGUUAAGGUUUUAAAAGCUGGUUAAAUAAAGUUUUUGAAACAGGUGCCCUCUGAUGAUGAUAUCUUAGUUAUUACUUGUCCUUACUUCACCAGACUUCCAUGGAUGGUGUGUCUUAUGAUACUGAUGCACCUGACAGGCUUGAAUGCUGAGUGUGAGCCAUAGGUUUCAGAUGCUGGAUAAAGUUAAGUUUUUUGGAACAGGUCACAAGUUUAAUAGAUGAUAGUACUAUUUCAAACUUGCAUAGUUGAUUUAACUGUAAUAUGAAUGAAUCGCAGAGGUAACUUCAGAUGCAGAGCUUGAUCUCCAUUAUCAAGGAUGCUAAAAAAUAAAUCUUAGUUAUUACAGGUCCUAACUUCACCAAACUUGAAUGUAUGGUGUGUCUUAUGAUACAGAUGCACCUGACAGGCAUGGAUGCUGAAUCUGAGCUAUAGGUUGCGGAUGCUGGAGGAAGUAAAGGUUUUAAUUGCUAGUGCCCUCUGAUGAUGAUAUCUUAGUUAUUACUGGUCCAAACUUCACCAAACUUGCAUGGAUGAUGGGUCUUAUGAUACCAAUGCACCUGAUGGGCUUGAAUGCUGAAUCUCAGCCAUAGGUUUUGGAUGCUGGAUGAGGUUAGUUUUUUGGAACAGUUCACAUGUUUUAUAGAUGAAAGCUUGCAUAGUUGAUUUAACUUUAUUAUAAAUUAAACGCAGAGGUUGCUUCAGAUGCAGAGCCUGAUCUCCAUUAUCAAGGAUGCUAAAGAAAUCUCCUACCUCACUCAAACCAGCUUGAUAGAUAGAUGUGUUUGUUGAUAAAUGAUAUAACAUGAUUCCUAUGAUAUUGUAUGAUAUGAAACAAUAUUGUUUGAUAUGAUACAAUAUGAUAUCAUAUGUUAUAUUAUAAAAAGUUAUACGAUAUGAUAUGAUAUUGUAUCA